AUGAAGUAUCUCGCCUCUUACCUUCUUCUUGUUGCUGGUGGCAAGACCGCCCCUACUGCUGAUGAUAUCAAGACUCUUAUGGCCUCUGUUGGUGUUGAAGCUGAAGAAGAACGUUUGACUUCUUUGAUUUCUGCCCUUGAGGGUAAGAAUGUUGAUGAGCUCAUUGCUGAAGGUAAGGAAAAGAUGUCCUCUGUCCCUACCGGUGGUGCUGUUGCUGCUGCUGGUGGUGCUGCUGCUGCUGCUACUGAUGCUCCUGCUGAAGAAGCUAAGGAAGAAGAGAAGGAAGAAUCUGAUGAAGAUAUGGGUUUCGGUCUUUUCGAUUAA